AAGACAAGCUUGGACGUAUCUCCAAGUGUCACUGCUAUUCUUCCUCCCAUUUGCCAUCAUUAUUUUUCUGCUAUUCUGCCAUCCUCAAGACAGUUUUACAAGUUUAAACAGAAAGAAGCACAAGGACUGUAGCUGUGCUGUUGUGUAUUGUUGCAGCCUUUUUCUUUUGCUGGGGGCCAUACCAUAUUGUGCUUUUAAUUAAAUCUCUUUAUAAACCGAUAGGUUGUAAGGCAGAGGAACGGUUAGAAGUUGCCUACCGUAUUUGUGAAAUGCUUGCCUAUUCUCACUGCUGUAUGAACCCUCUGCUAUAUAUGCUCUCACAGAAGAUGCGAAAGCAUCUGUUGAAUCUUUUGCGCUGCGAAAACCUGUGCAGGAAGAACAGAGAGAGAGACACAUCUCUCAGUUCUGUUAGUCAGAAAGCAGUUUUCAUAGCUGCGAGUUCUGCUAUAAACUUGGAACUGCACAACAAUCAGUUAAACAGCCACUUGUGAAGUUAAACAUCUGUAAAUAUUCUUAUUUAAUUUGACAUCUUUUUUAUGUUCUCCUGAAAUUAAGUAGAAAUUACAUGCAUUUUUAAUUUUAAUGUGCCAAGUAAAAGCAAAAUGUACGUGUGUCGGAAUCUGUUUUCUACUGCACUUUUACAAGCAAUGCUGUUUUUGUAAAAAAAUAAAAUACAAUGUUACUGAAAUCCAGUGAAGCUGUUUUCACUUCUCUCUAAUCUCUGCACAUGUCAUUAUAGGCUAGAUGGAAAAAAUGCAAUGAAAGCAAAUUUCUGUGGUCAUAUUAGUACGAAGUGUAAGUGUAUUAACACAAUCAGUGAGGGAAACACAGAGUGCAUGCACAAGUACUUUCCUCCCAAGACCUAAACAAGUAAAUCAUGGCUUUGGACAGUGACAGUUAUGAUUACAUACACUUUAAUGAGACUCACAGCAGCGAGAUCGAGUAUGACAUUAAGAUAUCAGAACUUUACUAUCCUGCUGCUGUCAACAGUCUCGUCUUCUUCAUCAGCCUUCCUGCAAACAGCUUCCUGCUGUGGGUCCUCUGGACGGAACGAGCUUGGAAGAUCACAUCGGAUAUUUUACUUCUUCAGCUCACAGUUUCUAACCUCUGCCUCACUGUGACAUUGCCUUUUGCAGCCUGUAAUGCACUCCAUGGGUGGGUCUUUGGAGAGUGGGCCUGCGGAGUAGGUGUAGGGAUUUAUUUUCUGGGACUGUUCACCGCCGUGGUGAUCCUCACUGCCAUGUCUUUGCAUUCUUAUGUUACUGUGGUUCAGCCUUGGUGCUUGUCUGCACAGGCCUUAACAAAAUAUGGUGUUCUCAUAGGUAGCAUUGUGAUGUGGCUGGUGUGUGCUGCUGCAAGCAUUAAACUGGCUGUGAGUUGUCGAGUCAUUGAAUUUGCUGACAUUAAAGUGUGUGUAAAUUUGGUGGAGUCACUAACCAUGAAACUCACUGAAAUCUACACACAGAUUUUUCUUUUCUUUCUCAUUCCUGUCCUUAUCACUUCAUUCUGUUAUGUUCACAUGUGGAUAAUGGCGAAGCAGGGCAGGAUAAACAGCCAACAACAGCCUUCAAAAUUGAUUUUAGGCAUAACUGUCAGUACUUUUCUAUGUUUGGCUCCUUCUAGCAUCCACAUGUUUAUACAGUCCUUGCUACUAUUGGAUUUUUAUGAGUACACACGUGAACUGAUAUAUGCAUUGCACUAUGCUUGGUUGAUCAUUCAUCCCAUCAUUGACAUCUACUGCUGCUUUAUCCCUUUGGUGCAUUUUAUAGGAGUACAAAGGUUUAGGAGGUAUCUUCCCAUGCCGUGCAAUACAUUAUCCCUGUGCAGAGAUGAAACUAAAACUGACAGUCCAAUGGCAUUAAUCCCUCUCCAAAAUGCGGAAGAAAUUUGAAUUUACUGUAGCAUGCAUGCAUUAGGAUGAGACAGCUAGAUGCUUGAGGGUUUGAUUAGAUAAAUUAGCUGAACUUAAUAUAGUACAAGCAACAGUAACAAGAUCAAAAAAUGGGCAGCACCUAUUAAUGAUAGAGUCUGACUUUGUUGAUGCCAAAGGGGUGUACCACACAGCAAGAUUAAUGGCUUAGUGACCUGAGUUUUCUGUUACGAAAGUGACUUUGUUUUUACCUGGCUAAAUCACCAUAGUAACACGCUGAAUACCCAACCAGAGAAAGUUGCUAACCACCUUUGUAAUAUUCGUUAUGUCCCACAUGGGUUUUCAGUUUUGUUGAGCCAGGUAA